AUGGCUGAACGCCAUCCCGCUGCAGCGUUUGAAGCAGUCCUUGUCCCCGAUGGCGUCGAUGGCACUGUCCAUCUGGCUGCAGACAAGUCUUUUGGCACCAAUCCAAACCAGACCAUCAGCCCUGUGCUCAACGGUGUCAGAAAUCUCCUCCGAGACGCUGCCAAGGAGCCGUCGGUCCCGCGCUUCGUCGUCACAAGUAGCAAUCGAGCCAUUUACAACGCGGUUCCCGGAAAAAAGUUCACUAUCGUCGCAAACAUGGGGAAUGAAGAGGCUAUAGGGAAAUCAUGGCGACUGCCCCCCUACGAAGAAGAUCGGAAGUGGGAUGUCUACGCAGCUCUCAAGACGCAAUGUGAGCUGGAGUAUUGGAGGUUUGGCCAGGAAGAGAAACCAAGCUUCGUCAUCAACUCCGUCUUUCCCUCCGAUGUCGUGAGCCCCACUUUCCACCCCGAGCAACCAGGCAGCACUAGCAAACUAGCCCUAGACUUCUAG